UAAAUUGCUUGCUGGAGACCUGACGAGAGAGUACAUCGCUGUUUGCGGAUCUUCUACAACAAUCUGGCAACCCGCACAUGUUCUGUGGGAGGCGCUAGUCCGCAGUAGUUUCUGGAAGGUACCUCAUGCUUGUAUCAUGGAGAAAAUUUCAGCAUUGAAAGAGCAGGGCAACAAAGCCCUGAGUGCAGGGAACAUCGACGAGGCCGUGCGUUGCUACACGGAGGCCUUGGCUCUCGAUCCAUCCAACCACGUUCUGUACAGCAACCGCUCCGCUGCUUACGCCAAAAAGGGCAACUAUGAGAACGCGCUCCAGGACGCCUGCCAGACUAUUAAGAUCAAGCCAGACUGGGGAAAGGGCUAUUCCCGGAAAGCUGCUGCUUUGGAGUUUCUUGGGCGGUUAGAGGACGCAAAAACAACGUACCAGGAGGGACUGCGCCAUGAGCCCAGUAAUCAGCAGCUGAAGGAGGGUCUGCAGAACAUUGAAGCCCGCCUUGCAGAAAAGCUGAUGAUGAACCCCUUUGCCAUGCCCAACUUGUAUCAGAAGCUGGAGAACGACCCAAGAACCCGCGAGCUUCUGUCUGAUCCCAGCUACCGAGAACUGCUAGAGCAGCUCAAGAACAAACCGUCAGAACUCGGAACGAAGCUGCAGGACCCCAGGGUGAUGACUACACUGUCAGUGCUGCUCGGCCUGAACCUCUCUGAGAUGGAAGAAGAGGAGGAACGCUCUCCUCCUCCUCCUCCCAAACCAAAGGAGACUCCACCACCGCCCCCUAAAGAAGAAGACCUCCCUGAAAACAAGAGAAUGGCUCUGAAGGAGAAGGAACUGGGUAACAACGCGUACAAGAAUAAAGACUUUGAAUCUGCCCUGAAACAUUAUGAAGAAGCAAUAAAGCACGACCCCACCAACAUGACCUAUUUAUCUAAUCAAGCAGCUGUGUAUUUUGAAAAGGGAGACUUUGAAAAGUGCAGAGAGUUGUGUGAGAAGGCCAUCGAUGUUGGCAGAGAGAACAGAGAAGACUACAGACAGAUUGCAAAGGCUCUGGCUCGAAUUGGUAACUCGUAUUUUAAGCAGGAGAAAUACAAAGAAGCAAUUCAGUUUUUCAACAAGAGUCUGACGGAGCAUCGCACACCGGACGUCCUGAAAAAAUGCCAGCAGGCUGAGAAGAUUUUGAAGGAGCAGGAAAAACUGGCGUACAUCAAUCCAGACCUGGCUCUCGAGGAGAAAAACAAGGGCAACGACGCUUUCCAGAAAGGAGACUAUCCGUUAGCCAUGAAACAUUACACAGAGGCCAUUAAAAGAAACCCCAAUGAUGCCAAACUCUACAGUAACAGAGCUGCCUGCUACACAAAGCUGUUGGAGUUUCAGCUUGCCCUCAAGGAUUGUGAAGAGUGCAUUAAACUGGAUCCAACUUUCAUCAAAGGUUACACGCGUAAAGGAGCAGCUCUUGAGGCCAUGAAAGAUUAUUCCAAAGCAAUGGAUGCCUAUCAGAAGGCUCUCGAAAUGGACUCGACCUCAAAGGAAGCGACAGAAGGCGUUCAGCGCUGCAUGGUCAGUCAAGCCAUGAGGAACGACAGUCCGGAGGAGGUGAAGAAGAGGGCCAUGGCUGACCCAGAAGUGCAGCAGAUCAUGAGUGACCCUGCAAUGCGCAUGAUCCUGGAGCAAAUGCAGAAGGACCCCCAGGCCCUCAGCGACCACUUGAAGAACCCAGUUAUUGCUCAGAAGAUACAGAAACUUAUUGAUGUUGGACUGAUUGCCAUCCGCUGAUGUGGGAUUAGAGCUACGUGUGCAAGAAUAUCCCAAGAAGACGGUGGAA